GCAGAUCUAUUACUUCCGGGACGCUCAGCAGCAGCAGCAGCAGCAGCAGAAACACAGUCCGGAAUUCUUCUGUUGUUUUUGCUUUUUAUUCCGUUUCUGUUUUUUAAGUUGUUGUUUUUUCUCCGUCUGUCCCCCCGGGUCUCUCUCCCCCGGGUUUCUCCCCCGGUCUCCUGAUGCGGACUCACGUUUGUGUGACUCUGUUUGUGUUUCUGCUGAAUGAAGCGGCGACGAGUCCGUUCACGGAGGACCAGAUGGAGGAGGUCAGGUAAGAGUCCGGCAGAGUCCUGGUACUGAGUUUGAUGGUCCACCAAGGACUUCAACACUUUGGCUUCAGUGAGAACAAUAACACGGGGGGCUGAAGUUUUGGAAACCAGAGUCCUGUAGGGGGUCCGGGGGGUCCUGCCCCCGGAGAUUUUAGUUUUUAAAGGUAAAUGAAGAAUUUUUGGAAAAUAAUGAGAAAACAGACGAUGUUGAUCUACAGAGACAAAUGUAUUUUUACUUACUAACAGGUUAUUAUAGCGACACACAGCCGACCUACAGUCAGUGUUACCCUAUGAUAUAGAAACUGACAGUUAUAAUAAUAAUAAUAACUUUAUUUAUUCACCACAUUUAAAAACAGAAGUUUACUAAGUGACACACGAUUGUAAAAUACAUGAACAUGAACUAUUAUCCAUUACGGACUACAGCGGGGUGCCGCAGCUCAAGGAAGAACAUUUAUGAUCAUUUCUUUAUCAUUUCCUUGAAGUAAUAAUCUCCAUAUUGAUCAUUUUACAGACGCGGUAGUUCUUCUGUCUUAGCGUCUUGGUCUGAUUGUAUUUCCAUGAAGAAAUGAUCAUAAAUGUUCUUCCUUGAGCUGCGGCACCCCGCUGUAGUCCCUAAUGGACUGGCCUGAGGUCUCUCUACAAACAAGCGUCUGCUGGAAGAGAGUAGGUGAGUUGUGUUUAGUGUCUUUGCUAAAGAAAUGAGUCAAAGUUAAAAAGAUGUUUGGUGUCUAGUACUAUGUCUGUGACCCUAUAUGUCCUGUUGAUGAAGUUAGGUGCUGUUCUGAGCAUUAUUUGUGGCUAUAGAGUGGCGUUUUGGUUGGGGGCGUGGCUCUCUGUAUUUCUAUCCUGCGGUCGUUACUAAAGUUGGUAUAACUAGAGAAGGAAGCGGUCGACAACAUUCAUCUCUGGAGGGGGCGGGGUCUAACUCGGGGUUACGGUGGGUUUAAAACAUAGACUGUAUUUACUCUGGACCACUUGGUUCCUCCUCCCGUCUGUUUACGGAUUUGAAGCUGAAAAGUUCUCGUUAUUUCUGCGAUUUUUCUUCAUUUCCUGAAACCAACAUUACGCAGUAGCGUUGUACACGAUUGGUGGGAGAGUCGCUGAGAGUCUCUGUGAUGACGCUCGGCUCAAACAGCGUAUCCCCGGUGAUCUAAUCAAUCUCUGUCCUCCCAUAGGCUGUAUCAGGUGUCAAUCAUAGAAAACAUGAACCCCCUAAUAACUUUUAAAAAUGGAGCUGUACAGAAAAAAGAGGACUUGAGCACAAACCAGUCUGACAGUAACUACAUGUCAACAUCACAACCAGGGGGGAGAAACAUUUAUAUUCUGGGUCAUUCAUUUAGAAAGUUUGUCCACAGCUCCAUAAGGAGGCGGGGUUUAGGACCUAUACUGCAGCCCGUCACCAGAGGGCGCUGUUCUCACAGAGAGGAGGAGGCAGACGGCGUCUGUUCUAGAUACAGUCUAUGGUUUGACCCUAACUUAAUUUUACACCGGAAUGUCCCUUUAAUGGAGCGUUUACAGAUGUUUAAGAUACCCGUGACGUGGACUCUGAUGAUCCCCAAACCGUCAGGGACGCUGGCUUUGGACUCUACUCUUUAAAACUGAGGAUGAAGCAUCUAUGAUAUCCGGUUCUGCGUUGAGUUGCUCUCUCGUCUGUGUUGAUGUGGAGUUCUCAUGAGUCGGGAGUUGACUCCAGACUGAGCUGUAAUACUCCUGUCCUCCAUCUUUGAGCUGGAGCUUUAAAGACAUGCAGAGAGUUCAGUCAGAGACAGCUGUGUCUCUGUCUUUCCAUGAUCAGUUAGUUAAAGUAACACGUGAUCAUGGGACAUCUACUACACUGUUAGUGACAGGGGUUAGGAGUCACAUGUUUAUUACAAACAUGCUGUCAUAAAAUAUGGUCCUUUGUUUCCUGAAGCUGAUCCUCCGGACUCAUGAAGGAUUUGAUCCAUUCUUCGGUACUCGGCUGCUUCUCCUGUCAAUGAAGAUUUGAAUGAAGGGAAAAACAAAUGAGAGACUGUCUUUCAGCCGUGUCCUCUUUCUCUCUGUCUGGCGGUUUUUCCACAGGCAGCGCAUCAAAUCCAUGUUUUACCACGCCUACAACAGUUACCUGGACAACGCCUUCCCUUACGACGAGCUCCGCCCACUCACCUGUGAUGGACAAGACACCUGGGGCAGGUAAGGUGACAUUAAUGACAAUAUAACCUCAAAGGUUUGUGGAUUAAAUCUACUCAUUGUUCUGCUCCUCUUUUCUCUGCAGCUUUUCUCUCACUCUGAUCGAUGCUCUCGACACUCUGCUGGUAAGGUCUGAACGUGUCAUUUCCUCUAAAACCUUUUAUAUCUGUUUUCAGAUUCGAUCACAUUUGACUUUAAGACGAGGAGAAUCGUCUGUUUUUGUGCUUCAGCUGACAAACGACAGAUUUUACUAACAGGAAGUUUCAAAUUUGUCCCUGAAGGUUUUGGGAAACAGGACAGAGUUUCAGCGCGUGGCGUCGCUCCUUCAGGACACGGUGGACUUUGACAUCGACGUGAACGCCUCCGUGUUUGAAACCAACAUCAGAGGUAAACGCAGAGAGACGCUGUGAAUAAAUGAGGACUUUUCUGCAUCAGUCACUGAUGGUUCCAGAAGUUUAAUUCAUGACCAGGAGGAGCUGAUGAGAACAGGAAGUUAGUUUGUUUUUAGACCCGUGAAAGAAGAUGAACGCCGUCAGCUGCUGUGUUACUGACUGUGGAGUCAGUAACACAACUAAGAAAGACUUCGUCCACGUUCAUCUAAGUGUGAACAGGUCAGUUCUGAUUGGUUCUGAUCCGACCCUCUUCUGUAUGUGGAUAUAAAUCAGAUAUGUAUCUGAUGUGACUGCAGUGUGACGCUCAGGUCGCCUUCAUCCGAUCUUUACGUCAUCAAUAUGAGACAAACGUCACCGUUGUUCGACGACACAAACAGGAGCGGGAAGAUAUUUGUGUUCAUGAGGGUCACUUCACGGACGCAUUCGUUGUUGUAACGUGAACGACGCACAAGAAGAUCGGAUUGUUGCUGACGUGUGUUUGAGAACUGGAUGUAAGUCGAGGUCAGAGAAAUUAUUGAUCAACUCUGCCGACAUGAUUCUGUCGGCGUUGUCUGUGAAAUGUCGUCUAUGUCUCCGAUCUCAGGCUGAAAUGUCGGGUUAGGGUGGACAGGAGCUGGAUGGUCACUGGGAUGAUGGCGUCGGUGCGUUUUGUCUCUCGCUCCGACAGAUGUUUUUGGGGAAGCGGUUCCUGCUGAGAAUCCACUCUGAGUUCUCACUAAACUGAUCAGAGCGCUCUUUAAAAACGUCGCGCUCCAAGUCCUUCAAUAGUCCAAAAUGAUCCAGGAUACUUGUGUUUGUUCCUGUCAGACUUCCUCUGAGGUUGUCCUCUCACAGCUGAUUUUAUAGUUUGUCACACCGAUCAUUGAAAAUGUCUGAUCAAUAACUAACUGAUCAGUUUUGUACAGAGUGAACAGAGAACGUGUGAAGUCUGAGAUUGCUGAACGCUGUGACUCCUUCAAUGGUUCUGGUUGUAGUUUCACUGUUCGACCACUAGGGUUUGAGUGUAAGCGUGCUCAGAGUUUAGUCACGGUCCUAAGAACAAGUCCAGGUCGAUCAAUAACUGACUCUGUGUGGAAGUUCGUACGCACGGUUGAUAAAUGAGGCCCCUGGAGGAAACAGGUUGGAUGAUUCACUUUUAGACACUGCCUCUUGUGGACACUAGAGGAACUACAGCCUUUCUUCUGUUGUGUCUCUUGUCUCUGUGUGUUCAGUGGUGGGGGGGCUGCUGUCCGCUCACCUGUUGGCGGGGAGGGCGGGGAUGGAGCUGGAGCCCGGCUGGCCGUGUUCGGGACCGCUGCUGAGGAUGGCCGAGGACGCCGCCAGGAAGCUGCUGCCGGGUAUCGAAAACACACACACACACACAGACACACACACACACACACACACACACAGACACACACACAGACACACACACACACAGACACACACACACACACACACACACACACACACACACACACACACACACACACACACACAGACACACACACACACACACACACAGACACACACACACACACACACAGACAGACACACACACACACACACACAGACAGACACACACACACAGACACACACACACACACACACACACACACACACACACACACACACACACACACACAGACACACACAGACACACACACACAGACACAUACGCACACAGACACACACACACAGACACACAGACACACACACACAGACACACACACAGACACACACAGACACACACACACACAGACACACACACACACAGACACACACACACACAGACACACACACACAGACACACACACACACACACACACAGACACACACACACACACACACAGACACACACACACUCUUGGCUUGUGAAGUUUGCAGUCCAGAAUCCCAAACAUGAAACAAAAACUGCGCUCUGAAAGGGGGAACUUUGUCACGAUUUCAGCGUUCCAGACUCCCACCGGGAUGCCGUACGGCACGGUUAACCUUCUGAAAGGCGUCAGUCCCACAGAGACCCCCGUCACCUGCACGGCCGGCGUGGGAACCUUCAUCCUGGAGUUCGCAACGCUGAGUAGACUGACGGGGGACAAGACGUUUGAGAACGCAGCCCGCCAAGCGCUGAGGGCCCUGUGGAAUACCAGAUCUGACAUCGGACUGGUAACCCUUUACCUUUUAGUCUCCAUGUGGCCUCGUUACCAUGGAAACGUAGUAUUUUAUUCCCAAACUUCAGACAUGUCAACAGCGAGGAAAGUCUGAGGAAAAUUUCACAGAAUAUCAAUUAUAAAAAAAAUCACAAAAGAAGAAACAGGAAACAUUGAAGAGGACAUCACUGUCCUAAUCAUAUGAUGUAUGGAUUUCUGUGUGUGUGUGUGUGUGUGUGUGUGUGUGUGUGUGUGUGUGUGUGUGUGUGUGUGUGCAGGUGGGAAACCACAUCGACAUCCUGUCUAAGAAGUGGGUGGCUCAGGACGCCGGUAUCGGAGCAGGGGUGGACUCGUACUUUGAGUAUUUGGUGAAAGGAGCCGUCCUGCUGCAGGAUGAAGAGCUGCUGGAAAUGUUCCUCGGUAAUUCUACGAAUCACUGCAGCUCCCUCUGCUGGCCAAGGAUGGUAAAAGCAUCCAAAAAAACCUGAUUUCAUCUGGUCUUUCCUCAGAGUAUGAUCGAGCCAUUCAGAACUACACCCGCUUCGAUGACUGGUACCUGUGGGUCCAGAUGCACAAAGGAACCGUCUCCAUGCCUGUGUUUCAGUCUCUGGAGGCCUUCUGGCCCGGCCUGCAGGUACAGAAAGUUCUGGAGGAACUAAAAAGUUCUUAGAGUUUAAGCUGCAGAAUUUAAUCUGACCCACAGGAGGAAACAAACAAACUAACUCCUUCUGUCAAUCUCAGUCGCUCUUAGGAAACCUGGACAGCGCAGUGAGAACUUUCCAGAACUAUUACUCAGUGUGGCGACAGUUCGGUGGUCUGCCAGAGUUCUACAGCAUCCCCCAGGGUUACACCGUAGACAAGAGAGAGGGAUACCCGCUGAGACCAGGUGAGUCCGCCGACUGAACCUCAAAGAGCCACAUUCUUUUAAUCGGGCAUUUUAAAGGACGACUCCUUUUCCUGUUUCCAAAAAUAGACUGUUGACUGUUUGACCCAAAGGGGGCGGGGCCUAAACUUAAAGUCAAAGUAUCUUGUUUGAUUGUUCUCAUCUUCACUGAAGCCCAAAAUUAUUCAUACCGCUGUCGAAUACAAGGAAUUUCUCAUGUUUCAGUUCCACGUCAGUUUUUCACUUCAGACUGACAUAAAUCGGACACACAGGCGAGUCUGGAACCACGACCAACUAAGUUCUGUGAAGUAAAACUGUUAAAGGGAUUUAAUUAAACUUUGACAAACGGCACCUUGUCUAAAAUUAUUCUAACCCCAGAGACACAGAGACAGAGAGCCACAAAGUUUCUCUGUUUGAUUUGUUCCAGAGUUGAUAGAGAGCGCCAUGUACCUGUUCAGGGCGACAGGUGACCACACCUACCUCCAGCUGGGACUCGAUGCUCUAGAGUCGAUUGAGAAGAUCGCCAAGACGCCUUGUGGAUACGCCACGGUAAGAUCUGCACAGAAUUGCUGCACCUUCCACGGCCCUGAUGACGUUUUAUUUACGCACGUUUCUGUUUCUUUGAAGGUCAAAGAUCUGCGAGAUCAUCAGCUGGACAACAGGAUGGAGUCCUUCUUCCUCGCUGAAACCGUCAAGUACCUCUACCUGCUGUUUGACCCCACCCACUUCCUGCACGGCGGGGGAACAGAAGGGGACGGCUCUUGGGAGGAGGGAGGCGAUGGGGGGGACUGUGUUUUAGGGGCCGGGGGCUUUAUUUUCAACACCGAGGCUCACUCUUUGGACCCGGCAGCGCUCUACUGCUGCAGCCAACACACCAAAGACCGCCAGGAGCUGCGAGACAUCCUGAUCAGCCUGUCCCAACCAGAAGGACGCUCCAGCAGCAGCCAAUCAAAAUCCACCGUCAAACAGACUGUAGGCCCUUCCCCAGGCCAAUCAGAGAGCAUCGCUCUGAAACCAGGGGAGAAGAAGACACACCCCCUGCUUUCCUGUCCUGUUCAGCCGUUCAGCGCUCGACUCUCCAUCCUAGGACAAGUUUUCAGCGAUAACACCUGAGAGUCACACGCUCGCCGUUCGACCCGAUACCUGACCUCAGAGGAGCUGCUGCUGCUGGAGCCACAGGGGGUUCUCCUCAAACCCGGACCUUUUAUUCGAACAUGUUUUUGGGGACAGUGGAGCAGCCGAAAAAUAAAUGUCAGAAGUCGGCAGGAUGUGGAAAAUCACUAUUUUAGUACAAGGUUUCUGCGGGGUCCUAAAAAGUCUAAAAACGUCUCCAUCGCGAUUUUAAGAGGUAUGAAGUUUAUCUGAAAUUCAAGCUUUGACUCCAGAAAGUACCGUGAAUAUUUAUUUCCUGUUGAUGGCGUACUCGGAGCGAGAUCGUCUCAGGGUCGUGAGCUUUCAGGUAUGACAUCACACAACAGGUAGUGGUAUGGCCAUAACCAUAUUAAGAGUAGACGCCACAUUGUCCGCUCCUACCUGUAGGGGUAAUCAACAUUGAACUUCGGGUUUAUUUUCUGGGUUAGCGAUUUCAGGGUAUCAGCGGGAUUUCGUCCGUAGAGCUUCUUUGCACUGCUCCAUAAUUUAACAAACGUCGUUUAAAUCUUAAAGGUAAAGUUAACAUGAAAACUUUUUUCUGUUUUAUUAUGUUUUUUUUUUCUUGAUCAUGUUGUCCGUCUUGUAUACUUUAUCAUUUUGAAAUUAAUAAAAAAUUCGGCAGGGAAUUUAUGCGAGUGAUGCUGCUGCUGUCCGCCUGUGUAUAUCACAGGCUAUCUUUAUUUAUUUUAUUAUAAUUUAAUUAGAAUAAUGAGAGAAUAGCUGAAUAAUAGAAUCGUCCAAAGAAAUCAUUGUCAUACAUGAAGGACCACAAUAAAAAAGAAGUCUCCAGGAA